AGCUCGCGCUGCAAAGCUCGCAAAGAUCCGGUCGGCAGCUAUAAGAAAGCGGGACGCAAGAGAAAAAAUACCACACGGCUAAUAGUUACAUCUCAGACGGUGGAUUUAGGUGUUUUGUCUGCUUAGGCUUCUUACUACACAGGUAAAAUGACAGAAGACGAAGUUGCUGCACUUGUCAUUGACAAUGGCUCUGGUAUGUGCAAAGCUGGCUUUGCUGGAGAUGAUGCCCCUCGAGCUGUGUUCCCUUCCAUUGUUGGUCGCCCAAGACACCAGGGUGUUAUGGUUGGUAUGGGGCAAAAAGACAGUUAUGUAGGUGAUGAAGCGCAGAGCAAGAGGGGUAUUUUGACCCUGAAGUACCCUAUUGAGCAUGGUAUUGUAACCAACUGGGAUGACAUGGAGAAAAUCUGGCAUCACACCUUCUACAAUGAGCUCCGUGUUGCUCCAGAGGAGCACCCUGUCCUGCUUACAGAGGCCCCCCUGAACCCCAAGGCUAACAGAGAAAAGAUGACACAGAUCAUGUUUGAAACUUUCAACACCCCAGCCAUGUAUGUUGCUAUCCAGGCUGUGUUGUCCCUGUAUGCCUCUGGUCGAACAACUGGUAUCGUUAUGGACUCUGGUGAUGGUGUUUCUCAUACUGUGCCCAUUUAUGAAGGUUAUGCUUUACCCCAUGCAAUCCUUCGUUUAGAUUUAGCUGGCCGUGACUUGACAGACUACCUCAUGAAGAUCCUCACAGAAAGAGGCUACAGCUUCACCACAACAGCAGAAAGAGAAAUAGUGAGAGAUAUAAAGGAAAAGCUGUGUUAUGUUGCUCUGGAUUUUGAGCAGGAGAUGGCUACUGCUGCAUCCUCCUCCUCACUAGAGAAAAGCUAUGAACUGCCUGAUGGCCAAGUGAUCACCAUUGGAAAUGAGAGAUUCAGGUGUCCAGAGGCAAUGUUCCAGCCAUCUUUCUUGGGUAUGGAAUCUUGUGGCAUUCACGAGACCACCUACAAUUCAAUCAUGAAGUGUGAUGUGGAUAUCCGUAAGGACCUUUAUGCCAACAUAGUAUUGUCUGGUGGUACCACUAUGUAUCCUGGCAUUGCAGACCGAAUGCAGAAGGAAAUAACUGCUCUGGCACCCAGUACAAUGAAAAUAAAGAUCAUUGCACCACCUGAACGUAAAUAUUCUGUAUGGAUUGGUGGUUCCAUUUUGGCAUCUUUGUCCACUUUCCAGCAGAUGUGGAUCAGCAAGCAAGAAUAUGAUGAGUCUGGGCCAUCCAUUGUUCACCGUAAAUGCUUCUAAAUGGACUGCAGGCAGCUGCAUUUAGUUUUUUGAAUCUCCAUUUAUGCCAGUCUAGUCCUCAUGCAAGCCAUAUGAAAACUGGAAGGCUCAUUUAAAAAGCUGUAUUUGUAAGCUAGCAUGAGAUGUUGGAGGGUAAUGACGCUGUUGUGGUUUGUCAGGUUGUUUGUCUUGUUUUGCUGCAAUUGCAGGGUUUUGAAACUUUGCAUUCCAUGCCUUACAAUUUGCUUCCUGUGGUGUUCCAGCAAAGUCAUUGGGCACAGGAUAAUGUUGCAAGUUUGCAUACAUGUGAAUUAAUGCAUCAGUCAUGCAAAUUGUUUUGUAUGUCAGUUUUACAUACUGAAACCAAACUUUUUAAAAAAAAACAUUUGCCAACAUUUCUGAUGUAUGGAGAAUAAAAUGCUGCAGUAGCAAAAAACA